AUGCUUACUCGUUCGACACUGUUGGCUCGUGGAGGUGCACUUAUUCUUGCCAAUCGUACCGCUUCAGCGCAGACUGAACAACCAAAAAUAAAAACCUUCGAGAUUUAUCGUUUCAAUCCCGAUAAGCCUGGUUCAAAACCAGAAAUGCAGGCAAGUAUUUGCGGAUCUUGUGCCAUGAAUAUUGGCGGGGAAAACACACUCGCUUGUAUUUGUAAGAUCGAUAGAAAUACAAGCAAAGUCACGAAAAUUUACCCGCUACCUCACAUGUACGUCAUUAAGGAUCUUGUUCCCGAUUUGACUUUGUUUUUCGAACAGUACGCUUCAGUUCAACCAUGGUUGCAAAAGAAGGAUGAUAUGGAGCUGGGCGAGCGUGAAAUGUUAGCCAUUAAUCAAAUUUCAAUAUCAUGCUGUCCUAUUCUCAUUGUUGUUGCAUCAGGUAUUUGCGGAUCUUGUGCCAUGAACAUUGGCGGGGAAAACACACUUGCUUGUAUUUGUAAGAUCGAUAGAAAUACAAGCAAAGUCACGAAAAUUUACCCGCUACCUCACAUGUACGUCAUUAAGGAUCUUGUUCCCGAUUUGACUUUGUUUUUCGAACAGUACGCUUCAGUUCAACCAUGGUUGCAAAAGAAGGAUGAUAUGGAACUGGGCGAGCGUGAAAUGUUUCAAACUAUUAAAGAACGUGCAAAGCUGGAUGGACUUUACGAAUGUAUCUUGUGCGCUUGCUGUUCCUCAUCUUGUCCAUCUUACUGGUGGAAUGCCGACAAAUACUUGGGACCAGCCGUCUUGCUGCAGGCAUACAGGUUUAUAUUUGCUUACAACUGCACGUAAUU